UUCCAUUGUCUUCUUCAUUAUUCAAGACCUAGCUCGAUCUACUCUCUAAGCCAUUUUUCCUAAUGGGAGACAGCACCACCAGUCUCGCCAAGGCGAGGAAUGAGCUCGAAGACCUCUACCUCGGCGUCCCAGAUGAGUCGGUCGACCUCAGUUUUAAGGACCUUACGAGCUUUCAAGAAAAUGGAGUAACUGAAAAAAAGGUCAGCAGCAUGGUACGAAUCGACGAGGAAUCAGUACUCGAGGCGCUUAAGGCCUCGCCGAUCAACAAGUCGCCGAGUAUUGAUUUCUCAAAGGGUCUACAAGGAGCUAAUAAAAGCUACGGGGUCGAAGUCGAAUUGUUUCGCGAGCGGCUUCUGCAGAACAGCUUCAAGAGGAGCAGCAAGAGCGCGGCAAUGAUGUUGGAGCGCAGCAACGCUUACGAUGAUAUGAGCGGGCUGAGCAUGACGAGCACUGCGGUCAGAGAGACAGGGAGGAGAAGACAACCUGGCAUCCCUCACUCUAACAUCUGUGCUCUCUGCAGUAUUUACAUCUACAUUUUUAGGCAUAGAUGCUUGGUUUGUGGAAGAGUAUAUUGCAGGAGCUGCGUAGGCAGUGGCAUGGGAGAGAUGUCUGAAGGAAGGAAAUGCGUGGAAUGUUUGGGGAGAAGGUUCAGCCAAAGGUACAUCAAAAGGGCAGGCAAGGCAUUAUGUUGUUGGAGGUAUCCCAGUAGAGUGAAAGUGCAAGAGCUCAUGUGGGCGGAGAAGGGGCCAAGGAGGAGCGGCGAGAGGCAAUAUCGAAGUGGAGUUUCGUCGGCAAUACGAAGUCCGGUAUCCAUGAUUGGGAGCCCAAGGGUAGCAUCCAGGUUAGGAAGCCCGGUGAAGAUGGUGGGGAUGCCGUCAGCCGCUGCGCAGUAUAGCAUAGGCCACGAGUCCUCCUUCAUGGCCAGCCCCAUGCGUUCACCUAGUCCUCAUGCAUUUCCUCUGUAAUGCUGGUGAAAUAUAACAAGAAGGCACCCAGUACAACUGUGCGAUGAUUCUUCUGUUGAAAGCGUCAUUGAAGUGGGAGAGUUGUUAGGCCAAGGCCGUGGUUCCAAAUUAUUAUUAUUUGUAUUAAAAUAUAUCAAUAAUUUA